CUUUUAGCAAGAGGUGAACAGACUCAGACUGCAUAACCGAUUACAGAUUCAUCGAUCCUCCUACCCAUGCUUUAUUUUCACCAUGGAGAAACCUGUGGGUUCUUUACAAGAGCAAGCUUUGAAAAGGAAAGAAAGAUUAAAAGCUAUACGAGACCGGCAACUUCAAGGACAGGCACCUGAGGAUGGAGAGCCUGAGAGAAAAAGAGCUCUGGAGGACUCUGAGACAGAGGACAGACACAGAGAGCUGAAGCUGAGGAAUUACACGCCGGAGGACAAGGAGCUGAAGGAGAGACAGGUGCCCAAAGCAAAACCUGCAUCAGUGGAGGACAAGGUCAAGGACCAGCUGGAAGCUGCAGACCCAGAGCCUGUGAUUGAGGAAGUGGAUCUGGCCAAUCUUGCUCCCAGAAAACCAGACUGGGAUCUAAAGAGGGACGUUGCCAAGAAGCUUGAGAAAUUAGAGAGGCGAACACAGAAAGCUAUUGCUGAACUUAUACGUGACCGGCUCAAGGGAAGUGAGGAAGAGCUGGCUGGAGUGGUCGGAGCAGUUGGCAUGGAAGAGGGAGACUCAGAUUGAAUCUGUGUUGAGAAUGAGUCUCGCACAACAGAUUUUCUAGAAGUUUCCGGCCCAUUUCCCAUUACAUAGCAGUGUGUGUUUAAAAU